AUGUACAGAAUAGACGUUUCAGAUUUUUAUGACUUCCAAGCGUUCAGAAAUAUGUGUCCAUUUAGAGACUAUAACAAAGCAGUCGAGAAUUUGAAACGUUUAGUCAUUUAUGUCGACUCUGCCCCAGAAUGUUAUGUCAUGAAAGAAUGGGAUGUAGUCUUUAACAAACCAAGAGCGACAAUAGUUUCAGAACAAGAAUGUAAACAGAAACUUAAGAAAAUAAAAGUCGUACAAGUUGGUAUGAAGAUGUUAGAUGCUUGGGAUAUCUUAUUGUCAAAGUUAGAAGAUUUUUCAGUUCGUGGUAUAAAGUUCUAUACACCUUCUCCAAACUUCUAUUCUAUCUUCACUGGAUAUAAAUACGAACAAGUAGAAUGGAAAGAAAAUGUUAUAGAAGCUUGGUUAGACCAUGUCAAAGAAAUUAUAUGCAA